UUAAGCGCGUGGUUGGCAGCAAUGUAUCUCGGUGAGGCAUGUGUUUCUUCCCACCUUUCUACUGUCGAAAACAAUAACACUGAUUUGGCGAAUGUUCACGUUUGGAGUCUUUCCGUUUUUUUUUCUCUUCGCACCGUCCGCAAAGAUUUCGUAUGGUUUCCACAGCAUUAGUUGCUACUGCCACCGAUUCCCAGAUAUUGGGAAUUACCGUCGAUCGAACACUUAAAGACACAGCGCAACUAACCCUCUAACGACCAGGCGUCGAUCUUAUGAAAUUGAAACGACAUUUCUACUGACUUCGUACAAAAAAAUAUUUUAGUAAUAGUAGUAGUAGGCGUAUAAUAUUAAUAUUAAUAACAAUUAUUAAGUGUUUAAUAUAUUUAUUUACAAUAUACGAAAGCACUAUGGCAGAUCCGAUAGAAUCGAAAAACAUUGUAGACUAUGUGAUCGAGGCACCAGAUAAUAAGAGGAAGAUGUCAUCAGAUAUGAGUCCAGAACAGACCAACGUUAUAAAAAAGCUAAAAGAGAGCAAAACGCAACCAGACACGCUGUGCCAAUGCCCCCAAAAAUGUUCAGAACGUGUACCACAACGAUCCAAGGAUGAGCUAUUUAAAAUGUUUGUAGAAAUGGAUAGCGAAGAUGUGCAAAAUAAGUUUUUACAGAAGUUUAUUGAGGCACGGCCUGUUGCCAAUCGAUUGUUUAGUAAAGAAACCACAGCGAAUGGCAAACUAUUACGAAGGAUUCAUUGCAAGUACAGAAUACCUUCUUUCGUAUCCGAGGAUUUUAUGUCAAAUAUAAAUUGUGACACCGACAAAGAUGAAGAUUCAGACUUUGAUGAAACAUCUUCAGUGACGUCUUUGGAUUCCAAAGAAGAGAAUGACAAGUCUUUAGAAAGUGAUUCAACGGAAACAUCAAGAAAGUCAUUAAGUCGUUACAACUGUGUAGAUGUUUGUCAAAAAGCAUUUCUCAAUCUGUUUGGCUUAUCAGAUAAACGUUUAAAAACUGUUAGGGAAUUAUUGAUAAUUAAAGCUCGUCAAAAGCACAUGAAACGUAUGAUGGAAAAAGAAGAAAACCAAAUAGAAGUAUCAUUAGCUAAGGAUCUUGCACAGGGUUGUUUGCCAUUGAUGGCACUUUUUAAUAAAGAAGAUAGUAAGAAAGUAUCUGACCAGUUAAUGACUGCCAUCAGUAAUGAUAUAAAUUUAGUAAAUAACUUCUUUUGCAAUCAGCUAUGGAAACCAGAGUACAUUAACCAAAAGCCAUCUGAAUGAAUAGAUUAUUUUUAAUACAUAUUUUAAUGAUUUUUAAGUAUAAUUGAUUGGAUGAGUAUCUUGUUUAAAUCAAUUUUCGGGUACUACUUUAUAAUACAAAUCCAAUUCAAUAUUGUUCUGAAUUCAGGGGAUUAUGCUUAAUGUAAAUUUUUAUAUUGUACUAGUUUAUUGAAUGUCAAAUGACUGGGGUUGUUAAAAUAUGUAUAUUGUUUAACUAUUCUAUAUUUUUAAUCACUUAUUUUAAUAUAAUAUCUAAAAUAAGUAAUGUUUUAUGGCCUGAUAUUUUUUUUUUUUAAAUUAAACAAUUCCAUCUUGUUAAAAUCGAUUAUCUAUGAAUAAGAACAAAUAAACAAAAAUACAAAAUUUUAAGUUUGAAAUUUAUUUUAAUAUUUUAUUAUUAUACAUAUUUUUAAUAGUAUAAGAAACAUAGAAUUAUGAUUGGCGCUUGGUUUAUUUUAUUUUCAUUGUAGUAUUAAAAUGUUAACAAAGAUAAACCUUAUUGUAUAGUACAAAGCAAAGUAAAUAGGAGACAAAACAAUAGCAUUACACUAAGUUUUUAUUUACCUUAAUAGUUUAUUACAGUGUCUAAAUAAUGUUAAUCAUUACUUGUAGAAGUGUUAUAACUUUUAAUGAAUAAAGGAUGAUAAGUUCAUUCUUAACAUUAAGAAAUUAAGUAAAAAUUUAAAAUUACUUUUUUAGGUUUUAAAAUAAAUAGCCUCCGUUAAUUUUGUAUAAUUUAAUUUCGUCCGAUUAUGGUUAUAUUAUUAUUAUCAGUAUUUAUUUUUAUUUUUAUUAUUGUAAACCCCUAAUUAUGCAUUUGUAUGACUUAAUUUUUUUAAUUUUUUUUUUUAUUGGUAACAUUAAUUACUCUAAGGGAGAUGAUACCAAAUCCACGUUACUUAUGGUGGUCUUAAUUAUACCAAACACCCAACAACUAUUAAUUGUAAUGGGUUACAUUAUUUUAUAUAUUAUAUACAUUUUUACUAAACCUACUAUUAAUUUUACAUGUUAACUAUAAUUCAAGAUCCAAAUUAGAUUAUAAGAGUGUUAAUUACUUGUGACGAAUUUAUAGUAGUAAUAGUAAUACAUAAAAACUAUUUUAUAAAAUAUUUCACAAAAUAAUUUUAUAUUUUCUAGACCAAUGCUAUUGUAAAUGUAUGGUAUUGUUAAUUUAAAGUUGUUUAAAACUUAUUUUUCAAAGAUAUAUU